UCCCUUUCUAUAUUCCUUUACUUUGCAUACAUAUAAUUAUGUGACUCAUGAGGACAUAUGUGACGUGUUCAGCGGAGACACCCUCCUGGCAGUAAUGGCACCUGCAGGGACGCAGCUGGAAGUCCCCGUGCCAGAUGUGUCUCAGAAAGGCCAGAAGAGAUACCAGGUGAACUUGCAGAGCCACUCGACUCCUAUCCAUGUGCUGCUGAUCAACAGAGAGGCUUGUGGCUCCACUCCCGUCGUCUUCUCUGUACCUCCCCUGGAUGAUAUUUGUACCAUGCCUACUCCACCCAGCACUCCUGCCAGCCUGCAGAAAUACCCCAUCUCUUCCUGUGAUUUGGAGCACACCCAGCUCAAGAGCCCCGUGCCUGGGCACCAGCUCACUCCCUUGUCCACUUCACCUGAUGUUCAUAUGGGUAUAGUCAACUCAUUGAUACACAGAUGUAUAGGCUAUUUACAGAUCUCAAGGUUUUAUAACCAUUUGUACACCGAGUUCUCAAAUCCCGA